AUGACCCCCCACAGGCUGCUGCCGCCACUGCUGCUAACUUUGCUGCUCGCUGCCCGCCCAGGAGGCGCCUUGGCAAGGUGCCCAGGCUGCGGGCAGGGGGUGUCGGCGGGUUGUUCAGGGGGCUGCGCGGAGGAGGAGGAUGGGGGGCCGGCGGCGGCGGAAGGCUGUACGGAAGCUGGGGGCUGUCUCAGGAGGGAGGGGCAGCAGUGCGGGGUCUACACUCCCAACUGCGCCCCAGGACUGCAGUGCCAGCCGCCGGAGAAAGAGGAUUUGCCUUUGCGGGCGCUGCUGCAGGGCCGGGGCCGCUGCGGCCGGGCGCGCACGCCCUCGGGGGAGAAUCCUAAGGAGAGUAAGCCCCAAGCAGGAACCGCUCGCUCGCAGGACGUGAACCGCAGAGACCAACAGAGGAACUCGGGGACCUCUACCACUCCCGCCCGGCCCAAUUCUGGGGGCGUCCAAGACUCUGAGAUGGGUCCCUGCCGCAAACAUCUGGACUCCGUGCUGCAGCAGCUCCAGACCGAGGUCUUCCGCGGGCCUCACACCCUCUACGUGCCUAAUUGUGACCAUAGGGGCUUCUACCGGAAGCGGCAGUGCCGUUCCUCCCAGGGGCAGCGCCGAGGUCCCUGCUGGUGCGUGGAUCGCAUGGGCCAGCCCCUGCCCGGGUCCUCAGAAGGCGGCGAUGGAAGCUCCCUCUGCCCCACCGGAAGCAGCGGCUAA